CAUGCACACACACGACGCCGUCUCCGCACCCACCGCACUGCCCUCGGGCCCCGUGUACGAGGCACACGGCGUGCCGUCGGCGCGCGGCGCCGCCGACAUUGCGCGCAUCGUCUCGCGCGGCGGCAGCAGCAGCGCCGGCGCAUCCCACACGGCGCCCGCGAGCCGCGACGAGCCGCUCGGCCACGAGAGCAAGGCCGACGCCAGCUCGCCGCCGGCGGAGCGCGAGCUCGAGGCGGGCGCAGCGGAGGCCACGCAUGAGUCGCGCUCGUGGAGCCGCUGGCUGCAGCAGGACGUGUCGCACGACGAGGCCUCGGUGCCGCUGGCGUGGCAGGCGCUGCUGACGGGCAUGGUGGAUGCGCUCAUCUACUCGCGCAGCCAGGUGUGGACGGGCUUCCAGACGGGCAACAUGGUGCAGUUCUCGCAGAACAUCGCACAGUUCAUGCUGCCCGGCGCGCCGCGCUUUCCGCUGCUCACCACCGAGCGCAUCAUCUCCAUCGUCGCCUUUCUGCUCGGCUCCUUCGUCGGCGCAAAGGGCGGGCGGCGCUUCGGCGACCGCGUGCGCGCGUGGCAGAUGGGCACCGCCGUGCUGCAGAGCCUGGCGCUGUGGGGCGCCGCGGGCAUCCUGCUCAGCCGGCCCGAGGCCGAGGAGCCGAGCUUCCAGUACUGGCCGGGCAUCAUUGCGCUCACGGCCUUCUCGAUGGGCAUGCAGAGCAUUGCCUCGCAGAAGCUCGUCUCGCCCUCCUUCGCCACGACCGUUGCCUUCACCGCCACGCUGUCGCAAAUCGCGUCCGACCCGUAUCUCUUCGCGCUCACACUCUCGCCCUUUGAGCGCCUGCGCAAGGGCGGCAGCAAGAAGCCCGGCAUGCUGGGCCGCGACCGGCGCCUGCUGGCCAUCUUUGCGCUCUGCACCGGCGCAGGCGUCGCCGAGUGCCUGCUCUUCUCGCGCGCUGGCCUGCGCGGCGGAGUGGCGAUUGCAGCGGGCUUCAAGUUCGUGCAGGCGCUGCUGUGGCUCGUGCCAAAGGGCGAAGAGCCCACGCCCAUCAAGGCCUAGCGCAGCUUCUUCAUCAUUCCAGCUACAUCUCGCAUCGAUGCCCCGUCUUGCUGCUUUAGACGCCUGCUCCACCCUAGACACCGCACGCGCCGGAUCGCCCCAUACCCCAUUGCGACUCUCGCACUGCCUCUGCUGAGCGCACAAUCAAAUAGAAUGGCAUGCCACAUUCCAG